AAUUUACGACGGUCGUGAAGGCAUCACCGGCUCAUCAGUGCGAGCAUCUGUAGUUGAGAGCCGAGAGGAGGAAGGCGCGUCAGUAUGACCGGGCGCUCGUGCUACGUCUGAAGUUAACAGUGUUCCUGCUUUUUGUUAGUCUUUCGCCUCCGUGAGCAACAACAGUAAUCAUGGCAGAGGCCCAUCAGGCGGUGGCCUUCCAGUUCACGGUCACCCCAGAGGGCAUUGAUCUGCGGCUCUCCCACCAAGCGCUCUCUGAGAUCUACCUCUCUGGUGUUCGCUCCUGGAAGAAGCGCAUCAUCAGAAUCAAGAACAGUGUGAUUACUGGAGUCUACCCUGCGAGUCCGUCCUCCUGGCUUUUUGUGGUUAUAGCAAUCCUGGCUACGAUGUACACUCGCUCCGACCCAUCCAUGGGAAUUAUAGCAAAGAUCCAAGAGCACCUGCCAGUCAGCCAGUCGAUGAGCUCGCAGUGCCAGGCGGUGCUUUCAGCAGUGCUCUUCAGCACCAUGCUGUGGCUCCUGCUCAUCUUCACCAUGCGCCUGUGCCUCAAGCAGCUCCUCUCCUACCAUCGCUGGAUGUUUGAGCAGCAUGGUAAAAUGUCCACCACCACCAAAAUCUGGGUGGCGUUGGUGAGGAUAUUUUCUGGCAGAAAGCCUCUGCUCUACAGUUAUCAGGGUUCGCUGCCAAACCUGCCUGUGCCUGCCAUCAAAGACACAGUCAAAAGGUACUUGGAAUCGGUGCGUCCGCUGAUGAAUGACACCGAAUACGAGCGAAUGACGAAGCUGGCCGCAGAGUUCGAGGGCAGCCUAGGCAACCGCCUGCAGUGGUACCUCAAGCUCAAAGCUCUCUGGGCUUCAAACUACGUCAGCGACUGGUGGGAGGAGUAUGUCUACCUCCGUGGACGAAGCCCCAUCAUGGUCAACAGUAAUUACUAUGGGAUGGAUUUCUUGUAUGUGACUCCUACACCCAUCCAGGCUGCCCGAGCGGGCAACGGCAUCCACGCCUUCUUCCUGUACCGCCGCAAACUCAACAAAGAGGAGAUAAAACCUAGCCGCAUCCCAGGCACUGUCAUUCCUCUGUGUGCCGCUCAGUGUGAGAGGAUUUUCAACACCACACGAAUUCCUGGAGAGGAGACCGAUGCUGUGCAGCAUUGGAAGGACAGCGAUUACGUCGCCGUUUACCACAAAGGGCGCUAUUUCCGACUUCGGGUGUACCAGGCGGGCCGACUCUUAUCGCCGAGGGAAAUUGAAUUCCAAAUUCAGAGGAUUCUUGACGACCCGGCACCUCCAUCCAAAGGAGAGGCCAGACUUGGAGCCUUAACCGCUGCAGACAGGGUGUCGUGGGCUGAAGCCAGAGGGAAGUAUUUCAGCAGUGGGAUCAACAAACGCUCCCUGGAUGUCAUCGAGAGAGCCGCCUUCUUUGUGACCCUGGAUGACGAGGAACAAGGCACGAUGAGGGACGAUCAACCCGCUAGUUUAGACAACUAUGCCAAGUCCUUGUUACAUGGGAAAUGUUAUGACAGGUGGUUUGACAAAUCAUUUUCAGUGAUUUACUACAAGAACGGGAAGAGUGGCAUCAAUGCAGAGCACUCGUGGGCGGAUGCUCCAGUGGUGGCACAUGUAUGGGAGUACGUUUUAGCCACCGACAGCUUCCAGCUGGGCUACAAUGAAGAGGGUCACUGCAAAGGAGAAGUCGACUCAUCGCUGCCUCGACCACAGAGGUUAAACUGGGAAAUCUCUCCUGAAUGUGAGGAGCAGAUCUCGCGGUCUCUGGCGGUCGCCCAGGCUCUGGCCGAUGACGUGGACUUCCACGUUUUCUCUUUCCGAGACUUUGGCAAAGGAAAGAUUAAAAAGUGCCGAGUCAGCCCCGAUGCCUUCAUUCAGAUGACUCUCCAGCUGGCCUACUACAGGGAGCGGGGGAUUUUCUGCUUGACGUAUGAGGCGUCCAUGACUCGUCUGUUCAGGGAGGGCAGGACCGAGACGGUUCGUUCCUGCAGCAAUGAGAGCAGUGCCUUCGUCCGAGCGCUGGAAAACGGAGAGCCAGCAGACGUGUGCCGACGUUUGUUCCGGGGAGCGAGUGAAAAACACCAGCAGCUGUACCGCAUGGCCAUGACCGGAGCUGGGAUUGACCGACACCUUUUUUGCCUCUAUGUGGUCUCCAAAUACCUCGGACUGGAGUCUCCUUUCUUGAAAGAGGUGCUGUCUGAGCCAUGGAGGCUGUCCACCAGUCAGACUUCCAUCCAGCAGGGGGAGCUGUUUGAUUUGGUUAACCACCCAGAGUACAUCUCCUGUGGAGGAGGCUUUGGACCGGUGGCUGAUGAUGGUUAUGGAGUUUCUUACAACUUUGUAGGAGAGAAUGUUAUUAACUUCCACAUCUCGUGUAAACAUUCCUGUUCUUAUACGGAUGCUCAUAAGUUUGGCGACCAGAUAAGAAAAGCCAUGAACGACCUGCUUCAGCUGCUGAGCCCCAACCAAAAAGAGAGCAGUAAAACGGAGGAGAGCCAGCCGAAGGUCAAGAAGGAGCAGUAGGUACUCCGCCCUGAAGAGGAGGUUCUGGAGGCACAGAAAAGACGUGAUGAAGUAGAGCAGUUCUCUGGUGCUGAGAGAACUGACGUUCUAGCUGGAUCAUAAUCAUAGAAAGUUACUGUGGACCUUGAAAAGAGCGUUUUUACUGAUGCGUCCGUCUGUGUUUAUAAGAGAAAUGCCUUUAGCUUAAGCAGUUCAAUCAAUUAAACAUACAUUCAUAUUAAGAUGUUAGCUUUGAAAAUGCCAGUAUGUGUUCAGUGUUGGGACUCCUGACAUCACUUGACUUCAGGGAAUAAUUUAGGAUGGAUAGAAGUGAGGGAGAACCCGUCUCUCUUUGAGCCAAUCAUCUUUAGGGGAUUUCUGAUUCGUCAUUUCUGAGAAGAGCUGCUGUCGUCAUUUCAUUGUCUGCCUUCUAAAUGCAAACACAUUACGUUCUAGUUUUUGCUUUUAUACUUUUUAAUAAUCCUAAAUCAGUAGAAAUCAACUUAUUAGAUUCAAAUGAGAAAAAGUUAAAGUGUACCAAAAACAUCCUGAAUUUUACUGCCUUAUGUGGAGAUGAAAGACGGAAUUGAACCUUAGUUUCAUCAGUUGAGUCACUUUUUUUCAUUAUAAACUCUAAUUGGUUUGAAGAAAAUGAGGAAAUAAUCUUAAAUAAGUGAAUAAAAAUCUGAAUUUAAGGAUCUAAAUUAAGCUUUCGGUGCUCAAACGUUAAUUUUUGUCUCAAAACACAAAUAACUGAACAUUUUUCAAAUAUUUGAUCAGUAAAUAUUUUUCAUUUUUGAGCUUCUUUACUUUACUUUCUUCAUCUGGUCCCAAUAGUUUAGAGGUCUGGAGGUUUCCUGUGUAUUUUCUCCAAAAUGAUUUUAAUAAUGUGCAAAAGACAAUAAACUUAAAUUCAUUUUCUGUUUAACAGCAUCAAUAUAACCUUGAUUUAAUCGUUUAAAGCUAAAUUCUGUACUGUGAAGAGCUCGAUACUUCACUGCCACUUCUCCUGUUGUAUUUUAUUAUUAUUAUUCUUUUUGUACAUGUGUUUUAAAUAUGCGCCAUAACAAUGCAAGCUGUAUUUUAGAACAUGUCCUAUUUAGUCAGCAGUGCUGCAGGUCAGAUGUUGUAAAAAGUGACACAUUUCUGUUUUUUUAAGCUCCUCAUCGGAUCAGCACAACAUCGAUUAUUGCUAUUGUGAAGCUUUUUAAUGCAAUGUUACAAGUUCAAAUAAAGACGUUCUUAAUAAAAGGAAA